AUCGAUCGAUCAGUUUCGCUUUUACUCUCGUUACAAACGAAACUCCAAAAGUGAAAACACAUCCACUUGGUGGUGGAUUUGUAAAUCUAAUGAUCCAAAACUAUAAAUAUUUGUUUACAAAAUAAACAAAUAAAAAAAAACAAAAAGAAUUUAAUGUGUUUGAAAAGAUACUAAAUAAAGCUACUCAAUCACCGCCCUCGAAUUCCGCAACGGAAUGGAUCAAAGGGAAUAUUGUUGGUGAAAUAUUAAAAAUAGUGCUAUAUGUAGUGUACGCGGUAUAGAGAAAGCAGUGUCUACGAAUUAUAUUCAGUAUCUCGUAGGAGUUAAUGAAGGCGCAGUUCAGUACCAGUUCAUUAAAAUAAAAUUUUAAUUAAUUUCCGCUGUGCUGGGUUACGAAUAAAAGUGCUAAAAUGUUCAAAGUAUCUCAAGAAUUGCGUUUAGAUACAAGUGGCAGUACUACGCGAAAAAAUACAACUCCCAAUGCGAACAGUGAACAUGAUUACACAUUUGGCAAAUAUCAGAAAACACCUGAUGCAGAUGUGUAUCCAGUAAACGAUCAUAGCAUAUUUAUUGCACCGGAACUAACCGAUACCAGUAAAAUACAGUUGCUGCAUUUUCCUAACAGUGUAGUUCACAAAAAUACAAAUAUCAAUUUUAUAAUAAGGCGAAAUGGAGCUAAGGGAAACUUUGAAGUUAAAGUUGAAAGUCCUUCUGGAGUUCUAAGUACAAUGGUAUUAAAGGUACUUGAUCCAGAACGAAUUGAAAUUGAUUUUAAUGUCAACGAAGUCGGUCUCUACAAAGUCUUUAUGAAAUGUAAUUCUGUACCAGUACAUAAGUCCCCGUUGAUUAUCGUUGUCAUAUGUAAUGAAGCAGAAUCAAUGAAAACAUAGAUAUACAAAUAUACCUAUAUUGAUAUAUAUAUAUAUCUAUGGUUUAUCAGCAGUACUUUUCAUGUGUCAUUAUUUAAUGUACUUUUAAGUUCUACAUAUAUACCAUUCUUACAUAAGUUUAAGUUUAAGAAUUCAUCUUUGUGUCAUAUUAGAAUUAAUUAUAUAGACUUUUAGAGAUAAUACAAAUCGAAUGUCAUUGUUAAAAAUCGUUUCACUUUGAAUUUAUUUACUAAAACUCACCACUAUUAAUUUCAAUA